AUGGCCAAGAUGGCGGCCGCCGUUGUGGAGGGUGGAGAAGAUGCAUUCAGAAAAAUAUUUAAGUUUUACAGGAAAAGAAACCCUCCACCAGAUUACAGCGAUGUCAUUGAUUUCUCCAAAGGUUUUACGAAUGACAAGAUAGUUUCAGCCAAACUAAAUCCCUCUGCAGUGAAUGAUGUGGACGCCGCACAGGUCGGAUUACUGCCUGUCAGAGACUGGAGAGCGUUUGGUCUGCAGGGCUAUCCAGGAUUCAUCUUCAUCUGUAACCCAUUCCUGCCGGGCUCCCAGCCGUUCUGGGUCAAACAGUGUCUGAAGACGUACCCUCAGAAGCCCAAUGUCUGCAACCUGGACAUGCACAUGCCUCCGUCUGAAACACAGGACAUCUGGGGAAAGAGUCUGCAAGGACUCAGUUCUCCUGGAAAAAGAGAGCCAAAGACUCUCCUAGAGAAGCUGCGCUGGGUCACUCUGGGUUAUCACUACAACUGGGAUACAAAGACAUACUCUGCCGACCAUCACACUCCUUUCCCGGCUGAUCUCCACUCUCUGUCCCUCCAUGUAACGGCUGCUUGUGGGUUCCCAGGUUUCAAUGCAGAGGCUGGCAUCCUCAACUACUACAGACCAGAUUCAUCUCUGGGAAUCCACGUGGAUGAAUCAGAACUAGAUCACAGCCGCCCUCUGCUGUCAUUCAGCUUUGGGCAGUCAUCAAUCUUCCUACUGGGUGGAACACGCAGACAGGACCCUCCCACAGCCAUGUUCAUGCACAGUGGGGACAUGAUGGUGAUGUCCGGACAGAGCCGCCUCCUCUACCAUGCCGUCCCUCGCAUCCUUCCGGUGCCAGAGGGACAAACAGCCCUAGAGAUGGAGCGCUGCAGCCCAUCCUCCUCUCUGCAGCACAGCUCUGUGGUGGAGCUUGUAUCUGAGGAGGACUGUAAGGUGUGCUGCAGGUACAUCCAGAGCUCAAGAGUGAAUGUGACUGUCAGGCAGGUGCUCGGGCCGGGUCAGAGCUUUCCAGAAACCCUUGUCUCUCAACAAAGAACUGGUUCAGAACAGACAGGUGGGUACCAUGAAGAGCACCGUGAUGAAGACAGCGGGAAAAGGAAAAGGAGUAGUAGCUGUGACUCUGCCGAUGCUGCCGGGACAUGAAAUACACCACAUGUUGGGGCUGGAGAGAACAUUAUCAUUGGUUUAAUCAGAGACAUAACUGCUUUUUAUGCAGAGAUAAAACUAUGAGGCUGGGUUUAAAGUUUUUCUGAAGAAUCUGCUUACUUUAAGUAUAAGUAAGAACAUGACAAAGACUAAAAUAACUUCAAAUCUUAAAUAUUUGCUUUUGAUUUGAUAAAAAUAACAAAGCUGCAAUGAAGCAGAUUCACUUAACCCCCAUUUUCUCUAAACUGUGAGGAAAAUAAAGUU